GGGGGAGGUGGGUAUAAAAACUUGAGCAGUUGGGAUAAAAUUGAUUCACUGUGAUAGGCAGAGACAGACAGAGAAGAGGUGAGAGGAACGCAUCAGUGAGAACAGUAACACAUCAGCUUGAACCUUUUGGCAGACAGACAGAAAGAUGAAGUUCUCUGUGCAGUGUCUGGUACUGGCUACUCUUGUUGCUCUGUGCCUAAGUUACGAUUCCUCUGAGAGUAAUGAAUCAUAUGAAGACUUGUUUAUGCAUCAGCAGCAAGCCAACUCCUUCAUCAACCUUCCAAGAGGAAACGCACCGAGGAGGGGGGUAAAGUCACCUGCCGAACGUCAGACUGAGAUCUGUGAGGAUUACUCUCCCUGCCGCUCCUAUGCCUACCGCCAUGGCUACCAGACGGCCUAUAAGAAAUACUUUGCAGCACGGACUCGGAGGGCCUGAAUUACGCGAGGAUUGAUUGGACCGAGAGCAUGUCAGUCAAUCAAUGCAUCGAUACUGACCGCCUUUAAAAUAUAGCAUUCUAUCUCACAUUUCCAUUUGUCUGCUCUUGGUACCUUAUUCAUUACCAUGAAAAUAACACUGUAUUCUUCAGCAUACAGCUGUGAUUGUGAAGCCACUUUUACACACCAAACGCAUGCUGUGCACUUCACUGAGAGUCUGUACUUUAUAUCGCAUUAUACACUCAGUCUCUCUGUAUGUCUCUUUCUCCUACUUGCACUCACCUUCAACAUGAAAGUGGUGUUUGGGGAGACGGUGCAGUUAUAACAUUAGUCACCAAUUGUGUUAUUCUCCAUUUUGUUUUUAUCAUACUUCAUGCUUUCUUUAUCACCUAUCCCACAAUCUACGUCUGCUUUUUUCUGUCCAUGUCUUUUGAAAAAUUAAAAUUGAUUUUUAAGAAACAAAAAAA